CUAACAGUCCACACUUGUUCUCACUUUUAGCCACAUUUACUGUUCACUGUCGCUGUGUUGUGGAAGAUGAAGAUGUUCAGAACGAUGUACCAGCAGGCGAGGAAACAUCCCGGGCUCAUCCCUCAGUUCCUCUUCAUGUCUGCGGGAGUGAGCGGAGCUUUUCUCUAUCUGAUCCGACUGGCUCGUGGACCUUACGUCAGCUGGGACAGGAAGAAUAACCCUGAACCGUGGAACAAUCUCGGCCCGACCUAUCAGUACAAGUUGGUGGCCGUCACCACAGACUAUGAGACUCUGAAGAAGGAAGGACCUGACUUUUAAAAGACCUCAGCGGAACUGCAGGCGUGCACACACACACACACACACACACACACACACACACACACACACUUUACUAAAUGCUGUCUCCCUGGAUGCUCCUGCUGCCACUGCAAACAAAUGAUAUCAGUUAUGUUAAUAGCUAGGAACACACACACACACACACACACACAAAUACAUAUUUUUAUUUGACAUUUUAUUUUCACAAGUUAUUUAAAACAUUGAAGUAGACAUUUAAUUGGAGACAUUAAAAAAAAAAAAAAAAAAGUAUAUACACAUUUAAAAAAAAAAAAUAAGGGUCAAAUACGGACAUGUCUACAUCAAAUUACAAAAGUGAUUUUAUAUACAAAGAAAGCUUAUUAAAUGGCAGUUAUUAUAAGUGUCUUCUUCAAUGUUUCAAAUAACUAGUGUCAAAAUAUGGA